UAAUCAGGCAAAUUUAGUCUUGCGCAUUUGGAGUUUCCCUCGCCUCCGCCCCAGAUCAUUUUUCGGAAGGAAAAACUUCCGUGUGCGAUUUUACUUCUUCUGACGCGCCAGAUUUUAAGAUUUCUUGGUUCUAGCCUCAUCAAACUUGUAAGAACACAGGACGAUGUCUAAGGCAGUAGAAGCAGGGGAGCAACAGGCCCCGCCCCCCUACCCAGGCCAGCAGCCACCCGCGCAGCCGUACUACCCAGCCCAACAGCCUGGGGCAUACCCAGCUCCUCAACCUGGGCAACCCGGGGCAUACCCUGCACCUCAACCUGGACAACCUGGGGUCUACCCAGCACCACAGCCUGGGCAGCCCGGACAACCAGUAGUGUACAUGGCCCAGCCUGGGCCAGCCCAGUAUCCAGCCCAGCCUCAACUAGUAACGUACCCUCAGCCACCACCAGGGGGCUUUGCUCCACAGGGUCCUGGUCAGCCACCAGUUCCACCAGGCAGCACUGUCAUUGUGUCCCAGCCCGGCGUAAUCGUGACCGGUCCCCAGUCCUUCCGUUCCGGCCACCCUGUCACCUGUGUGUGCCCGACCUGCCACCAGACCGUCCAGACCAGGGUCACCAGCGAGGUUGGACUCAUCACCUGGCUUGCCAUGGGGGGGCUGUUCCUCGUGGGUUGUUGGGCUGGUUGCUGCCUGAUCCCGCUGUGCAUCGAUGAACUGAAGGAUGCGCGUCACUCCUGCCCCAACUGUAACAGUCAUCUGGGCACCUACGACAGGGUCAGCUAAACACCUGGUGCACCUGUAACAC